CAGAAUGUUUUUGCGGGUUGAAGGGCGAGUGUCGAAUAUCUACCUUACAUUCUAUUGAUCAUGCGUAUAUUGUCGUUGCUUAUCCCUUUUAUAUUUGGUAAAACUGUCAAUUGCACAUUGUACAAAAGUGCUGCAAGAAAUAUAUGUAAAAUGUCUGAUGCUGAAAAUUAUUCCAUUGCAUUUGUUACCAUCAGUGAUAAACAAGCAGCAGACAAGCUGUCAGAGUAUGUAUGAAUUUAAUAUUUUAUGUUCACAUAUAUUUUUAAAUUAAAUAACUCCUUUCUCUACAUCUGUACUAGUUGAUGUAGAUCUUUUAUCAUAUAAAUAUGAAAAACCAGAAAUUGCAGUAUAUUCCAUAUAAACUUGACGUACAAUUGUCUCAAACAGCAGAAAAUAUUUUCAACAAAUGACAUGAUUAAAAAAGUGGAAAUUGUUUCAUUUUUUGGUAGCUGGCUUGGGCGGUUUUGCCUAUCAAAACCGAUAGAUUGUCUGAUUCUAAACCGGUAAAACCGGGUUUUUUUCAAAAAAAUUGUGUAAACCUAAAAUGACUUCCGUUUUAAAAUAAAACUGUCAAGAACCCAUUUGAAAACUUGUAACUCUUUUAGUUCUUACUGACUUUAUGGAAAAAAUAAUAUAUAAUUUGUAUCUAAGUGUCAUGAUGUAAUUGAGUUUAAUUAGUUUCAUGUUUGGAGAAUUAAGAUCGAGUUUUGGGUGAUGACAGUAAACAAUUAUGUAAUGACGGUUUGUCGGUUUUCCAGUUUUUGUAAAAGCUAAACUGAAAAAACCGGUUUGAAAAUAAAACCGAAAAACCCCCCGGUAAACCACCCAUGCCUAAGCUGGCAGAGUUCUACCCCCGCAGAUCCACUUACGUACCUAUAUAUAUGCCACUUUAUAUGAAGCAGGUAUAAAAGUUGGUCAUAGUGCAACGCUCAUAUCUUGCACACAAAAACUGUCAUGGUUGACAUACAUCAAAUUUUUUGACAUUUUAGUGAGAUGCUCAACAAGAAAUUGGUUGCAUGUGUAAAUAUUGUUUCAGGUGUAGAGUCCAGGUAGACAAAAUUAUCAUUAAUGAUCCUUUCCACUGACUUUUUCAUAUUUACUGGCAAAUCUCAUUACUAAGACCUAACAAAUAUUAUAUAAAAUUAAGUUUCUUUUUUUACAAAGGUAUGUUUGGGAAGGUAAAGUAAAUAUUGACAGUGAAGUUUUAAUGGUGAGUUUUGAGUGUUCUUUUUCAUGAGAAAAUAUAUCUUUAGUUCCUAUACUCUAUAGCAAUUAUUUAGUAUUAAAUAAUUUCCACAACUUAGAUUAUCAAGACAAGAACAUCUAGAUUAAAAGAACUGGGUGAGCUGAUUAAGUAAGUGUCUUUUGAUUUUUUCUGUGUUGGUGUUAUGUAUUCAGGUGAAUAUGAUGUUUGUGAUGUUACUCUGAGUGUAUAUCCACACCGGGCAAGCUUGAAAAUUAUGCCUGGUCACGACCAGACCGCGUAGCUCAGUGGACGACUUACGCUUUAGAAAAAUUUUUAAUCUGGGAAUAACAAAGGAUAUUUUCUGAAAGAAGUUAUCGAAAUUAGAAAAACUGCAAAGUUUGGUUGCGAAAUGUUGUAAAAUAUGGAAAAUAUAGCCCUGCGAAGUUGGAAAAUUUGUAUACAUUUCUAUUACGUGCGGAAAUUGGUAACUAAUUUAGUUACCAAUUCACGCACGUAAUACAAAAGUAUACAAAUUUGCCAACUUUGAAGGGCUAUAUUUUCCGUAUUUUACAACAUUUCGCAACCAAACUUUGUAAUAUUACUAAUUCCAAGACGCUCUUUCCAGCUGUGGUGAUAGAUUUCGUUGUUCUUACUUAGAUUAAAAUUUAGUCUAAAGCGCAAGUCGUCCGUUGGCAGAGCAUUGGACUAGUAUUCCAAAGGUUGUAGGUUCAAUUCCCACCAUGGCCAGGCAUAAUUUUCAAGCUUGCCCGGUGUUGAUAUACACUAAGUGUCUUUUGUUCUCAUGAAAACAGAUUUCUAGCCACUAAUGAGUAAUGGUGAUAUUAUUUAAAAUGACUUUUUUCUCAACUUGUCUUACUCACAUUCUCUAUUUGCAAGAUCUGAACCUCAUCCUUAUAGUUGAAUUGUUUUUAGGGAUAAACAUCCAUAUGACUGCCCUGAAUUCAUAACUACAAAGGUGUGUUAAGUUUGGAAAAUCAGUCAACUUGCUUGCUCAUGUGAAUGAACAAGCCCCAUUAAUAUUGUAAAUCUAAAUGAUUCUUUAAUUAUGUUACAAUAGAUUGAUGAUGGGAAUUCUGCAGAUCUAAAGUGGUUAGGGAAAACGUUCCAGAAAAGUAAAUGAUUACAAAACACAGAAAAUGUUUGUAGUAAAGUGGGCCACUUAGAGGGCCACUAGGGAGAAUACGUUUUGUAAUUGGUACCUCGUUAAAUAGAGUUUAUUGUAUUGUAUUGACAUUUAGUAAUGAAAACUUUGGAAUUGGGACACUGUUUUUCUUACACUACAAUCAGCUUUAUUAAAAUAGCCUUUGCAUUGUGAUUUAUGUUGAGAGUCAGGGCUGGAAUUUUAUUGCGGCACUCACGGCAUUUGCUGUAGUUCGAGAAAAAAUACCGCUCCCCAUUAUAGACUCCCUCAACGUACCUGCAAAUCUUGUAAAAAUACCACCCUAAAACAGUAAGAAG